AAGAAAUAAAAGAAACAAACUGUCAAAAUUUGCCGUGAGGUGAGGUUAUACGCAAUAAAUUAUAACAAUUUAACUAGUAACGAGGGGUUCUCUUAGAAUUGUCGAAUAAUGUUUGCUAUCAGAAAAUUAAGACCUGCUGGUGCUAUUCAGCAUCUUCGUUGUAUGUCACAAUUAGGAGACCUAGGAAGUGGCGCUGGUAAAGGGGGCGGCGGCGGCGGCUCCAUUAGAGAAGCCGGCGGUGCGUUUGGAAAACAAGAGGCCGCCAGAGAGGAAGAAUAUUUCCACCGCAAGCAACAAGAGCAGCUGCAGAAGCUGAAGUCCGACUUGAAAGAUGAAAUAAGUUUCCACGAAGAGCAGAUUAAAAGACACCAGGAGGCUAUUUCUCGUCACAAAGCUAGAGUUAGUGAUUUAGAUACGAAGGAGUAAUUCACUUGAUUGCCGCUUAUUAGUUUCACUAUUGCAAAAUCAAUGCUGUUAAUUAUAUCCCAUAUGUAUUAAGAUAUAGUGUUCGAAAUGUAUGUACUUUGAUUUAAUUAAAACUAAACAGUAAAA